AUGGAGCACGCGAGGGCGUCGCUGGAGCAGAUGGCGCCGCCGGACCUGGGGGAGCCAGGCUUCUGGCGAGACGUCCUGGUGGGCAUGCUCAAGCCGGCCGCUGCCACCGCCGUGGUCGCCCUGGCCGUCAUGCUCAGCUUCACGCAGCGCCUGGGGAUCGAGGCCGAGAUGCACUACGCCGUCGCGUGCUCCUUCCUCCAGCUCUCCCUGGUCGGAUUCGUCCUCCACUUCAUCUUUGUCCAGAAGAACGCCACACCAUGGAUCCUCCUCACCUACCUCUUCAUGGCACGUAACGCACCCUCUGUUCACCAUCUAUAUGUGACGGUCGCCAGCUACACGGCGGACCAGCGCGCAACGCAGGUCACCCAUGGAAAGUGCAUCGCCUUCGUGUCCAUCCUCGUCGGCACCGUGAUCACCAUCGCACUGCUCCUCGUGCUCGACGUCUUCCCGUUUACCCCGAGGUACAUCAUCCCCGCGGCCGGCAUGAUGGUCAGCAACGCCAUGACCGUCACUGGAGUCACAAUGAAGAAGCUCCGCGACGACGUCAAGAUCGAUCCAGAAGAGCCUGGUGGAGACAGCACUUGCUCUAGGUGCGACGCCACGCGAUGCGACGCUCCAGCAGAUGAGGAGGUCGUUGGGCAUCGCGUUGUCCCCGGCCAUCGACAACGCCAAGACCCAGGGGUUUAUCAAUCUGCCAGGAGCCAUGACAGGGCUCAUCAUGGCGGGUGA